CUCUCCAACUGUGAAUAUAUACAAGCACAUAUACGCGUAUAUAUACACGCACGGUCAUAUACGCGGCAUAACCGUCAAUCAAAAUCUUCUCUUUGAUCAACAUUAGAUGGGCGAGAACGGGAUUCACACGAACGGCGGAGAUCUCGCCGGCGGGAUUCUACGGCUGAGAUGCGCCGUGAAGAACUACGAGUGGGGCAAAGUCGGGUCGGAUUCUCUGGUCGCGGGUCUCCAUGAGGCGAAUUCCGGGUCACGAGUUGAUCCGGCAGUUCCUUACGCCGAGUUGUGGAUGGGCACGCUCGAGUCGGGACCGAGUCACGUUGUGCCGUCGGCGGAGAACGGGUCCGGGUCAGUGACCUUGAAAUCGUGGAUUUCGGAGAACCCGAAUGUGCUUGGCCGUACAGUUUUGGAGAAGUGGGGAUGCGAUCUCCCCUUCUUGUUCAAGGUGCUGUCAGUGGAGAAGGCGCUGUCAAUACAGGCGCAUCCCGACAAGGACUUGGCAGUGGCAUUGCACAGAGAACAGCCUCUUCUCUACGGAGACGACAACCACAAGCCCGAGAUGGCUCUUGCCUUGUCUCCUUUCGAAGCCCUCUGCGGCUUCGUCUCUCUUCAGGAGCUCAAGGAGGUUCUUGAAAGUGUGCCAGAAAUUACAGAGCUCGUAGGAAACCAAGUUGCAGACAAGAUCCUCCAAGUGGAUGAAGGAGACGGGGAUGAGAGAGCAAAACCACUUGUUCGACUAAUCUUCACUCAACUCAUGUCUGCUGGCUCUGAUGCAACUAAAGAUGCCGUUUCAAAGCUGACGAAUCGUCUGAGGUCCAAGGGCACGGACGGUGAACUGUUGUCGGAAAAAGAUGGACUGGCUGUAAGAUUGGGGAGGCAGUAUCCAGGAGACAUUGGGGUGAUGUCUUCGUUGUUCCUCAACUACGUGAAGCUGAAACCGGGCGAGGCUUUGUAUUUGGGUGCGAACGAGCCUCAUGCCUACAUUUCCGGUGAAUGUAUCGAGUGUAUGGCUUCUUCCGACAACGUCGUCAGAGCCGGUCUCACCCCUAAGUUCCGCGAUGUCCGUACCCUCUGCUCCAUGCUCACUUACAAUCUGGGUUACCCGGAAAUACUGAAAGGAUUUCCAUUGAGUCCAUACAUCACGAGAUAUCUUCCUCCGUUCGAUGAAUUCGAAGUGGACCGUUGUGACCUUCCCUCCGGGGAAUCAACAGUGUUUCCGGCUGUACCGGGGCCUUCGGUUUUCUUGGUCAUUGAAGGGAAAGGGAAAUUGCAAACCGGUUCAUCUCAAUUCCCGGUUAACCGGGGUGAUGUUCUUUUUGCUCCUUCCCAUACCGAGAUUCAAGUGACAGGAGAUAAUAAUGAAGUGAAACUUUAUAGAGCUGGCAUCAGCAGCAGAUUCUUCCAAAGAAAGAUAGACGAAGAAGAUUAGCAUAUCCCAUUAUAAACCUUUCAC